AAUAUGUGUACAUUACAUAAAAGAUGCUCAGUUAUCUUUAAACUUUCACAAAGGCUGUGGCUGUCUUAUUUUUUGUCGAUAACCGUAAAAAUCAAUAAUUCGAUUCGUUUUAUAAUAUUCAAUCAUGAUAUCGUGUCUGACCAACUUGUUGCUCGAUAACAUCACCUAUAGCUUAUUAAUAGCUGUGUUCACGAUUAUCUAUUAUUAUACGACUUCGACGUACGAUAAAUGGCGAAAAUUGAAUAUUCCGUAUGUACCACCCGUACCAUUGUUUGGAAACGUGUUCAAAAUGAUAACGAAACUCGAACACAUGAUCGACGUGUUCGGAAAGAUGUACUACUUAUAUCCGAACGCCAAACUGUUGGGGUACUUUCAAAUGAAAGAGCCGAUGCUUAUGAUCCGAGAUCCGGAGCUGAUCAACACGAUAUUGGUAAAGGACUUUUCGUACUUCACCGACCACGGUUUUGACAUAGAUCCAUCCACGUCCAUAUUGGCCAACAGUCUGUUUUUCUCUAAUGGCCAGAAAUGGCGGACGAUGCGCCAAAAGCUGAGCCCGGGCUUCACGUCUGGAAAGUUAAAGGACACACACAACCAGAUCAACGAGUGCGGCGACGAGAUGGUGUCCAGAAUCACCGAUGUACUCGAGAAGACCGAUCGACUCGACGUGAAAACGAUGACUGCAGGUUUUUCCACAGACGUGAUUGGCACCUGCGCGUUCGGCCUGAAGCUGGACACGAUCAAGAACGACAAUUCGGAGUUCCGCCAUUACGCCAAGAUAAUUUUCCAGAACACUCCGAAACAGUUAAUCAUACAGAUGCUGGCGAUGAUCUGCCCUUGGGUGUUGAAUCUUUUUAAUAUAAAAAGAUUUUCGCAUGAAGCUACUAACUUUUUCUACGAUGUAUUCAACAACGUUAUCAAGUACCGCGAAGAGCACAAUUUAGUCCGGAACGAUAUAACGCAGACCCUUAUGCAGGCGCGUAAAGAAUUGGUUUUGAAAGAGAACUCGGACAUUGAAGAUAAAUUCACUGAUGAUGACAUCAUCGCUAACGCUAUUGUCAUGUUCACUGCUGGUUCAGAAACCGUUUCGUCAAUGUUAUCUUUUGGAUUAUACGAAUUAGCGCUGAACAAAGAAAUUCAAGACAAAUUACGUGCGGAAAUAUGUUCGAUGAAAGCAAAACACAACGGGCAAUUAAACAAUGAUUAUUUAAUGGAUCUGACUUACGCCAAAAUGGUAUUAGACGAGCUUGGUCGCAAGUAUUCUAUUGCUUUUAGCAUAUUGAGAGUGGCUACAAAAACGUAUACUCUACCUGACGAAUCAUUUGUUAUUGAAAAAGGUCAAAAAAUUACUAUACCGAUGUUCCACAUACAUAAUGAUCCAAAAUAUUACCCCGAUCCGAUGAGAUUUGAUCCAGAACGAUUUUCUAUGGAACAAAAAUCUCAACGACCUAAAGGCACUUACUUGGCGUUUGGCGACGGACCUCGAGUGUGCAUAGGCAAACGGUUCGCGGAAUCAGAGAUGAAAUUGCUUCUGUCAAAUGUAUUGUCGAAGUUCGAAGUCCUACCGUGUGAACAAACCGAAAUUCCCGUCAACAUAAGGAGUGACGCAGGAUUUGUUUCACCGAAAAAUCCCAUUAUCUUAAAAUUUAAACCUGUUUUCACGACCAUCUAUUAUUAUACGACUUCGACGUACGAUAAAUGGCGAAAAUUGAAUAUUCCGUAUGUACCACCCGUACCAUUGUUUGGCAACGUGUUCAAAAUUAUGACGAAACUCGAACAUCCAAUUGACGGGUUCGGAAAGAUCUACUACUCAUAUCCGAACGCCAAACUGCUUGGGUACUUCCAAAUGAGAGAGCCGAUGCUUAUGGUCCGCGAACCGGAGCUGAUCAACACGAUACUGGUAAAGGACUUUUCGUACUUCACCGACCACGGUUUUGACAUAGAUCCAUCCACGUCCAUAUUGGCCAACAGUCUGUUUUUCUCUAAUGGCCAGAAAUGGCGGACGAUGCGCCAAAAGCUGAGCCCGGGCUUCACGUCUGGAAAGUUAAAGGACACACACAACCAGAUCAACGAGUGCGGCGACGAGAUGGUGUCCAGAAUCGCCAACGUGAUUGAGAAGACCGAUCGACUCGAAGUGAAAACAAUGACUACAGGUUUUUCCACAGACGUGAUUGGCACCUGCGCGUUCGGCCUAAAGCUGGACACGAUCAAAAACGACGAUUCAGAGUUCCGCCGGUACGUCAAGAUGAUUUUCCGGAACACCCCAAGACAGUUAAUUGUACAAAUGUUGAUGACGAUCUGCCCUCGGGUUUUGAAGCUAUUUAAAAUCAAAUUGUUUUCACAAGAAGCUACUAAUUUUUUCUAUAAUGUGUUUACCGACGUUAUCAAGCACCGCGAAGAGCACAAUUUAGUCCGGAACGAUUUAACACAGACCCUUAUGCAGGCGCGUAAAGAAUUGGUUAUGAAAAAGAACUCAGACAUUGAAGAUAAAUUCACCGAUGAU